UCUACAAAAACCCUGAAGAUAAACCCAAAAAUCAUGCCGUCCUGUCUCGUUCCCCUUGCGAACGGCUCGGAGGAGCUGGAAGCUAUCUCAAUAUGGAAUCCGCUGCGCCGCGCGGGUGUCGAGGUCACCAUUGCCUCGGUGAUGCCCGGCUCGCUGGAAGUGCAGUGCGCGCGAGGAACGGUGAUAAAAUGUGACAAACUGAUCACAGAUUGCCUAGCCGAGAAGUUUGAUUGCGUCGCUUUGCCAGGUGGGAUGCCAGGGGCAACGAAUUUUGCGGAGUGCAAAGAAUUGGUAUAAACGAAAAAUCUUUUUGUUACCGAUGAAAGCAAAAAGUACGGACACAUUUGCUCCUGCUCGUCCUUAUCGAUGCUGAUCAUGCUGUGGUCGCUCAAUGAAUCAAAAGUGUUCUGGUGACCCGAGCUACUACUCUUUCUCCCACUUUAAAUCAAUUAAAAGGUCACGCUUCUGCAAGAGCGCAAGGCCGCCUCAAUGUUGAAUGCCGCAAUCUGCGCCAGCCCUGCCGUCGUGUUCGCGAGUCACGAGCUGCUUGGCUCCGGAAAGGCCACCUGCUACCCCGCGCCGAAAUUUCUGGAGAUGAUGGGUGACAAGCUCGCGCCCGAGGGCACCACGGUAGUGGUGGACGAAAAAGUGGCGACGUCGGUAGGCCCGGGAACAGCGUUGGAAUUCGGGUUGACGCUGGUGGGGUUGCUGUGUGGCAAGGAAAAAGCCGAGGAAAUUGCAGCGAGUAUGAAAUUCCAGGGAAGCUUGACCGCGCUUUGA